GAGUGAUGGUGGACCUGUGCAACAGCACCAAGGGGAUCUGCCUGACAGGACCACCUGGCCCACCAGGACCUCCAGGAGUUGAUGGGUUACCAGGGUAUAACGGAUCCGAUGGACAACCUGGUCCCCAGGGCCCAAAAGGCGAAAAAGGAGCUAAUGGAAAAAGAGGAAAAAUGGGGCUACCUGGAGCCACAGGAAUCCCAGGGGAAAAGGGAGACCCUGGUGAACUGGGCUUGACUGGAAAUGAGGGCCCGGCAGGGCAGAAGGGUGAAAAGGGGGACAAGGGAGAUGUGUCCAAUGAUGUGCUCCCCGCAGGUGCCAAAGGUGACCCAGGUCCACCAGGCCCACCUGGGCCCCCAGGCCCUCCGGGUCCCCCAGGGUCCCCUGGAAGCAGAAGAUCUAAAGGCCCUCGGCAGCCAAAUAUGUUCAACGGCCAGUGCCCAGGUGAGACAUGUGCUAUCCCCAAUGAUGAUACCUUGGUUGGAAAAGCUGAUGAGAGAGUCAAUGAACACCAUUCCCCACGAGCGGAAUCCACGAUCACCUCCAUUGGAAACGCAACACAGGUGCUAAAGGUCACGGAGACAUUUGGGACCUGGAUCCGAGAGUCUGCUAAUAAGAGUGAUGAACGGAUCUGGGUGACUGAACAUUUUUCAGGCAUCAGGGUGAAGGAGUUCAAAGACCAGGCCUCGCUGCUGAACGGCAGCCACUCGCUCAUCCGCCUGCCCUAUUACUUCCACGGCUGUGGGCACGCAGUUUACAACAACUCUCUCUACUACCACAAAGGAGGCUCCAACACCAUCGUGAGAUUUGAAUUUGGUAAAGAAACAUCCCAAACUCUGAAGCUUGAAAAUGCCUUGUAUUUUGAUCGAAAAUACCUCUUUGCCAAUUCCAAGACUUACUUCAAUUUAGCUGUCGAUGAAAAGGGCCUCUGGAUUAUCUAUGCGUCCAGUGUGGACGGCUCGAGCAUUCUUGUAGCGCAGCUGGAUGCGAGGACAUUCUCUGUGGUGCAGCACAUCAACACCACCUACCCCAAAUCCAAGGCCGGCAACGCCUUCAUUGCCCGAGGAAUCCUCUAUGUCACGGACACCAAGGAUAUGAGGAUAACAUUUGCCUUUGAUCUGUUAGGAGGGAAGCAGAUCAAUGCAAACUUUAAUUUGAGAACUACUCAGUCUGUUCUUGCCAUGCUAUCAUACAACAUGAGAGACCAGCAUUUAUAUUCGUGGGAAGAUGGCCAUUUAAUGCUUUAUCCUGUGCGGUUUUAUCAGCUGCAUUAAGCCAGUGGUGGAAUGAAUGCAUUCUCUUCCCCCUCCAUAAACUUUGGAUGUUCUCUGACACCAUUUCUAUCCCAACAGAAAACUGUCUGUAAGGGUAGCCAGGUACUUAGGAGUGUGUAUAUGGUUGGUAAAUGCCCUUUAAAUUCAGAUUCUUUAGGGGCAAAUAACAGAUUGUAAGUCAGAACGGCUGAGAUUUGGUGAUCCCUCCACAAACCAGCUGGGCAGGUUACCUCUCCCUCUUCAGGCCUUUGCCCUCCGGGGGUAAUCUGAAAGCUGGUUAAGAUGAUGGGUAGGAUUUUCUCUACCUGUAGGGAAUUCUGUGAUUCUUGGCUGUUGCUGCUCUUACAACUUGUAUAUAUUUGGCUUUUGUUUUGUUUUGUUUUUAGACAUGUGCUAAGUAAAUUACCUCUGAGUUGAUCAGCCCAAUUGCUUGAGCAAUGAAUUCCUUAGUGCUGACUUAUGCUUGGCGCCUCGGGAAGCUGCCCCGACCCUGUAAGGCUGCUGAGGUAUCGUAUUACCCGCAUUUCAUUACCUUUCUCUGCACCCGCACCUGCCGCCACAGAACCAGAAUGGCCGUUAUCCUCAGCUCCUGAUCUCCUAUCCGAGA